AUGCCUUUUAUGAAACCAAUAGAUAGCCGAACUUCGUCUCACAGUAAAACCUUUGGCGAACAGGUUGUUUCUGCCGAUGAUGACUUCGAACAAGGCGAGGCCCAUCUGCUUAACUUGAAAAGAGGUCUCAAAGAUCGUCAUGUCUCAUUGUUAGCUUUGGCGGGUAUCAUUGGUCCCGGUAUUUUGGUGGGUGCAGCUGCACCUACCUCUGAGGGACCUUUGAGUUUAAUAGUUGGUUUUGGAAUCAUCGGUCUUAUAGCGUUUUCCAUGGUGCAGAGUUUGGGAGAACUUGCUACGCUCUAUCCGCUGGGAAAUGUUUUUUCUACUUUGGGUAAUAAAUUUUUUGACCAGGCCAUUGGUGGUGCUGUUGGCUGGAACUAUGUCAUUAUUUGGAUUGCAGUGUUGGCCAACGAGUACAAUAUGGUGGCUUCAAUUAUGGUUUACUGGGGACCUCAAAUUCCCUUGUAUGGAUAUGUCCUUAUAUUUUGGGCCGCAUUCUUGGCUCUACAAUUCAUUGGUGUGUCAAAAUUCGGUGAGGUGGAAUACUGGCUUGCGCUCGUAAAGAUCGUGGGUAUUGUGGCAUUCUACAUUUUCGCCAUUGUCUACGCCUCUGGUGGUGUUAAGGGUCAACCAGCUUUUGGUUUCCGUUAUUGGAGAGACCCUGGUCCCUUGGCGCACGGAUUUAAGUCUAUCGUCAGCACUUUUGUCUUUGCAUCGACUUUCUACUCUGGAACCGAGGCCGUUGCCAUCGCAGCAAGUGAAACAAAGAAUCCUGGAAGAGCUAUCCCUAAAGCCAUCAGACAAACGUUUAUCCGUAUUAUCAUCAUCUACAUGGGUAUUGCCUUUUUCUACGGUUUGACUGUUCCAUAUAAUGCCCCAGAAUUGGCCUCUACAAACAAGAGUUUGAAGUCUCCGAUGGCCGUGGCAAUUACCAGAGCAGGCUGGGCAGGCGGUGUCAACUUGAUCAAUGCCUUUAUUCUUGUGACUUGUAUUUCAGCUAUCAACAGUUCCAUUUUCAUUGGUUCCAGAACAAUCGUUCAUUUGGCACAUGAAGGCUCAGCUCCAAAGUUCUUAGCUAAAGUGAACAAAAUGGGUGUGCCUUACAUGGCUGUUAUCCUUUUCAAUGCUUUUGGUUUGUUAUCCCUUAUGAACAUUAGUACUGGCUCAGCUAAGGCAUACUCGUACAUCGUCAAUUUAUCUGGUGUCGCUGUCUUUAUCGUUUGGGGUGCAGUCAACGUAUACCACAUCCGUUUCAGACAGGCUCUAAAAUAUCAUGGUCGUUCUGUUGAUGAACUUCCUUACAAAGGAUGGUGGUACCCAGCAUUGCCAAUUUUUGGUAUUGUUGUUAAUGUCUUCCUCGCUCUUAUCCAGGGUUGGAACACUUUCAAGCCAUUCCUGGCGGGAGAUUUUGUUGACGCUUACAUCCUUUUACCAUUUUUCUUCAUUUUAGUGGGUGUCAUUAAAUUGUUUACCAAAAGCAAAUGGCAGCGCAUCCAAGAUAUUGACCUAGACGAGGGCCGCAGGACUGACUUGGACCAAUAA